AUCUCGCGAUGGAGGCUGGAGGGGCAGCACCAGAAUCGCUCCAGGAGGAAAGUCAGGCAUGCCCUGCUCUACCGCCACAUUUGGAAGCCAGCAGCUUGAAGAGAAGCAGUUGGGGCUUCCUGUUGACGGGGGUUGUAGGAGGGACCCUCGUGACUCUGUAUGCGGUAGUGACGCCGUUUGUGACACCAGCCCUUCGGAAGAUCUGUUUGCCCUUUGUCCCUGCCACUCCAAAACAGGUCGAAAAUGUUUUGAAAAUGUUGCAGUGCCGAAGUGGAUCCGUGGUAGACAUUGGCAGUGGCGACGGACGCAUUGUGGUAGCAGCUGCAAAGGCAGGGUUUAGGGCCUUCGGUUAUGAACUAAACCCGUGGCUUGUGUGGUAUGCUCGCUACCAGGCAUGGCGAGCCGGCGUGCAUGGCUCCACCAAGUUCUAUAUUUCGGAUUUGUGGAAGGUCACUUUCUCGCAGUACACCAAUGUCGUGGUCUUCGGCGUGCCUCAGAUGAUGCUGCAGUUGGAGAAGAAGCUUGAACUGGAACUUAAGGAUGAUGCAAGAGUCAUUGCGUGCAGGUUCCCUUUCCCACAUUGGACCCCAGAGUGUGUCACUGGGGAGGGCAUAGACGCUGUGUGGGCCUACGAUGCAAGCGCUUUCAGAGGAAGAGAGAGGCGGCCCUGAGCGUCAGUGCGC